AUGGUAAAUACAUUAAGUCCAGAUAGUUUAUCGAAUGAAAAAUUAGAAAAAGAUGUUUUACAAUUAUGGGAUCAUUUCUAUGAAUAUAUGUCUAAUACAUCAACAUUAUUAUUACCAGAUAAAAAUCGUAGUACAACAAUAUAUUCACCAAAAGAUCAUUCAUUACGAAUACCAAAUUUUGAUUUUCAUUUAAGUGAUUUAUAUGUUUUAGUUCAUAAUAAUUUAGAUUUUUUACGUAAUGUUCUUGAUUCUGUUUGGAAAAAUACAACACUUCUUUUAACAUUAUUAUCAACAAUUAUUUCUUUACUUUUUACUGGAGGUUUUGCAUUACUUAAUUUUCUUGUUUCAUUUAUUGUUUUUGUUACUUUACUUUUUUAUCUUCUUUCGCAUUCGGAUGAACCUACAUAUCGACCUACUGAAUGGUUAAAUAAUACAAUAUCUGUUGGUGGAAAAGGUUUAGGUAAAGCAGUUAAUGAUGCAGUUACAAGUGUUUUUGUUGCUUCAUUGAAAAUUGCGGCUUUUUAUGGUCUUUAUACCUAUGUAUUACAUACAAUCGUUGGUUCAAAUCUUGUUUUUUUACCAGCUGUCAUUGCAUCAAUAUGUGCUGUUACUUUAAAAUCUUAUUGGGCAGCAUUACCUGGUUGUCUUGAUGUAUGGCUUGUACAACAACGACCAUUAGCUGCUUUAAUUUUAUUACUUGGUCAAAUUGCACCAACCUAUGUUGUUGAUACAGCUAUUUAUAGUGAAGUUAAAGGAGGUGGACAUCAAUAUUUAACAGCAUUGGCUAUUGCUGGAGGUGUUUAUUAUCGAGGAAUUGAAGGAGCUUUAAUAGGUCCAAUUGUAUUAUGUUGUUUAUUGGUUGGUGUAAGAUUAUACAAUGAAACAAUGGCUACAACAUUAUCUUCAAAUCAAGAACAAGAACCUUUGACAUCUUCAUUAAAUCAUCAAACACAACCUCUGAUGCGUUCUCAUAGUGAACAAUAA